UUUUUUCAACACAAAAACUUUUAUUUCAAUAAAAUACUUACAAUAUGUCAUGUAUGUACAAAUCAUGGGCUUUCAAGAGAUUGAAAGCCCAUGGUACAAUAGGCCUAACUCCAAAAAUCCAUGUUUUGGAUUAAAGAAGGAAGGUUUAUUUAAAUUACAUCUCACACCAUAUAUUUUAUCAAAUAUAGGUCUUUGGGGGGAGAUGGUCUACUUCCAAGUGGAAAAGGUCCAAGUAUGCGAUGAACACAUAUGUUAUAGUCUAGGGAGGGAUGAUAUAUUGAGUUUAUCCACUGGAAUGAUAUGACAUCUAACCAAGGCAUCAGAGGGAGUGACCAGUUAAUAUACAGUGAAAUCUGUUUAGUGGAACACAUCUGUUAGUGAAACACUUUUCAGAGUCCAAAGACCAACUGACUUAAUGCUAAAUGAACCUGUAUAAUUGGAACACCUCCCAAGUGGAACACUUUUUACAUGUACCAAAAGUG